GAUUAUGCACGAUUUAUUCAAGGGAUAAUUGCGAAAAAAGAAGAACAUGGACCAAUGACAAAAGAGAUUUAUGUGGCCAUAAAGGAGCUUUGGGCUGAUAAAGGCGUACAGGUGGCGUUUGCACGCAAGGAUGAAUACUACCUUAACGAUUCAGCAAGAUAUUUUCUGGAUUCAUUGGACCGCAUUUACGACCCUAAAUAUGUACCUACUGAACAAGACAUUCUUCACACUCGAGUCUCAACGAUGGGUGUUAUUGAGGUGACGUUCACGAUGAAGAAUAAAGUGUGGCGGUAUGUUUACACAUAUAUUUAUGGUAUCCUUUAA